GUGUGCGUGUGCGUGUUGGUGCUGGUGUUGGAUGGGUGGAUUUCCUAAGCAUUCACUGUCCGCUCUUCUGAGCUGCUCGUGACACCAUACAAUUACAUUCACUAUUUAUCCUACAUACUCUUCACGUCGCAAGUCUUUGUAUCUUGCAUCUUGCAUCUUGCAUCUGCAUCCUGCACCUGCCCAUUUGUCUCACCAUACUAUUCGAAACAUUGUCCAAUCCAUAACCUUUGCUCACUGAUUACCGUACGUACCGGUAAAUUCAUGCAACUCAAAUCUCCGAUAAGACUUACAUAGAUCACUUGCACGGAGCACUCAACAAAUCAAGCCAUCCAAUCCUCGCUAUCAUGGAGAAAUCCCCAGAAUCAUUGGCGCAGGAGAUUGCAAGUAUGAGGGAGCAGUUGAGUAGAGUCAGCGAAACAAUUGAUGCCUAUGAAUCAGUGGCCACUCAAAAUCUAGCCAAAAAAGACAUCCAAUCCAAAGGAGAGAUCAGCCAAAAGCAUGUAGAGCUUUUCAUGGAAACGGAUAGGCUGGUAAAGAAAGUGAGGGGUCCAGUAGAUAUGGUAUUUUCCAAUUUUGAAAACUCAGUACAUUCAGGCACUUUGAGAGCAGUUUUGGAAAUGGGUGUAUUUGAUGCUUUACCCACGGAUGGGUCAUCAUCUAGUGCUACAACAUUGGCGGACAAACUCGGCGUGGAGAAGGAACUGCUGGUUCGAUUCAUGCGAGUCCUCACGGCCAGUGGACCAUUUGCAGAGACAGGGGAAGAGGAAUAUGCCCAUACGCCAUACUCCAUGGUGUAUAUGGUACCAGAGCUUAGGGGAAUAUUCAAGUUGAUGUUUGACGAAUACAACCUCGCGAACGCUCGAAUGUACGAGUUCUUCCGCGAGAAUGGCUUCAAGAGUCCAGAAGAUCACCUCCUCAAUCCAUAUUGCUUCGCGCACCAGACUGGAGAGAAAAAUAUGUGGGAGCAUAUCGGAGCGUUCCCAGAGCGAUUUCAGAACCUGAAUUUUGCCAUGAUCGCCCAGACCGUGGCCACGAAUUGGACGGUUGGAAUAUUUCCAUUCAAAGACGAGUUGAAAGAAAUUGAAUCCAGUGAUGAGACUGUGCUAGUUGUCGAUAUAGGUGGCGGCAGUGGGCACGUGACGAAGCAAAUCAUGGAGUUCGUGAAAGAAAUUCCAGGAAAAGUGGUACUUCAAGAACGAGAUGAAUUGAUCGAUUCAAUUGGUCAUACAAUCCCCGAAGUUUCGACCAUGAAGUAUGAUUUCUUCACACCUCAACCCAUAAAAGGAGCUCCAAUAUACUACAUCCGUCGAUGCCUGCAUGACUGGCCGGAUGUUGAUUGUGUUCGCAUCCUAAAAGUAAUUGCCGCUGCAAUGGCACCCGAGAUUUCAAAACUGGUAAUCUCGGAGAUCGUUCUUCCACCAAUUGCCGCCGAUGUCGAAGCUGGAUGGAUGGAUUUGACGAUGAUGACCAUGAGCGGGCGUGAGAGAACGGAAGUGCAGUGGGUGAACUUGCUUACUCUAUCGGGGUUGAAACUUCGAAAGAUUCAUCAUGGUUCCGGGACAAAUUAUGCUGCAGUCGAGGCAGUUCUAGCGUAAAUAUUUGUGGGAAAUUUGGAUGUUUGGAUUAAUCAGUCA